CUCCGUAUUCUGGAGAUUAUAUAUAAUGCUCUAAUUCAAGAUGUCAUAAUUACAAAGCGACACAUAUAUUAUCAAGACGUUGAGCUCUUCGGUUCUCAGCAGGCCGUGGACGAGGUUAUUGAGAACAUAUGCUAUAAAUACAGUGUUCCUAGACAUAAUUUAAACAUAGUAAGGAAUCAUAAG